CGUUAGCUUGUUAGCCCUUUUGACCAGUUAGCUAGUUGAUGCUUUGCUGCUUUUUCUGUUGGCUGAUCGACUUGCUAGCGCAUUUGGAUGUUCUUUUAGCUACCAGCUUUCAACGUAUUUGUGUCAUUGUUAACUAGUUAACUGGUUAUUUUGUAAUUUAGUUAAAUGCUUAGGUUGUUUCUAUGUCACCUUGAUCUGAUAGACUGCUUAGCUAGGUGUUUAGUUGCCUGCUUAGCUGGUUAAUUCAUUUAUACAUCACUUUUUUUUUUUUUUUAGCUGGUAAACUACUUACCCAGGUGGCAGGUAAACCGGUUAGCGUGUUAAGUGCUUGAGCAAUUUUCUGCUUGGCUUGAUAAUUUCUGAGUUUAUUAGCUUGACAGCUGAUUAACAGGUUGGUUGGCCAAGUUAGCCGCGUGGCUUACUUAUCGAAUAGCUAGUUGGCUAGUUGAUUUCUCAUUAGUUGGCUUUUUUUGUAUGCUAGCCAUCCAGUCGACGGGUUAGCUCAUGAUUCAGUUAUCGCUUUGUCCGUUAGCUGAUUGACUUGUUAGCUAAUUUGUAGUGUGGGAAAUUAGCUGACUGUACUGAUUUGUUAGCUGGAUGUCUGAAUAGGCUGUCAAUUGGUGAACUAGUUAGCUGCUCGAUGGCUGUCUUGUUUGCUGCUUGUUCUGUUAGCUGAUCGACUUGCUAGCGCAUUUGUAUGUUCUUUUAACUGACUGGCAUUCGAUGUAUUUGUCUCUCUGUUAACUAGUUAACUGGUUAUUUUGUAAUUUAGUUACAGUAGAUGCCUAGGUUGUUUGUAGGUCGCCUUGAUCUGAUAGCCUGUUUAGCUCGGUGGUUAUUUGCCUGCUUAGCUGGUUAAUUCAUUUAUACAUCACUUUUUUUUUUUUAGCUGGUAAACUACUUACCCAGGUGGCAGGUAAACUGGUUAGCGUGUUAACUGCUUGAGCAAUUUUCUGCUUGGCUUGAUAAUUUCUGAGUUUAUUAGCUUGACAGCUGAUUAACAGGUUGGUUGGCCAAGUUAGCCGCGUGGCUUACUUAUCGAAUAGCUAGUUGACCAGAUUUCUCGUUAGUUGGCUAUUUUGUAUGCUAGCCAACCAGUCGACGAGUUAGCUCAUGUUUCAGUUAUCGCUUUGCCCGUUAGCUGAUUGACUUGUUAGCUAAUUUGUAGUGUGGGAAAUUAGCUGUUAUCAAUUUGACGACGAAGAAGCUGACACAGCAGUCAGACCCAGAGACGACGACAUGCCUCAUGUUGGAAAUAUCGACUGACUCUCCUCAUCCUCUCCACCAAGCUGACGGCUGCCGGCGAGCAUCCGGGAGGCGAGCGCCGCCGCCGCCUCCUUCUCCUCCUCUUCCUCCAGCGGCCCAAAGUUGCGCGUUUGAGCGCCGUGAAGAUGAGCAGAAGCGCGCCACCCGCAGAUCUCCAGAAGCUCUCCUAAGCUGGCGUCAAAUCACACUUUUGGGCCUUGAAGGAACAAAGCAUCCUCUAUGAGAGCGCUCCUUCCUCCUCCCACUCCUCCUCUGCAUCCUCCCGGCAGCGCCGCCGUGGCCGCGGGCCGCCGCCGCCGCCGCCAGCGUCCUUCCGGCGUGUGACUCUCCUUUCCCGGUCGGCUUGGAGGGUCUGCCGCCGCGGGGGGCAGUCCGCGACCGCCGUGCAAGACGCCGCGCGCCGUGCUCCGCGUGAAGAAUGCCCAGCAGCCGCGCUUGGCCAAGCCGGCCCACCAGGGCCCGGCGGCGGGCGGGGGGGUCGGCGGCGGCGCCGUCUACAUGGAGCGCUCGCAGAGCCGCAUCAGUCUGUCGGCGUCCUUCGAGGCGCUCGCCAUCUACUUCCCUUGCAUGAACUCCUUCGACGAGGACGACGGAGUGGACACGGAGGGCCGCAAGCUGAAAGGCGCCAUCCAGAGGAGCACGGAGACCGGCCUCGCCGUGGAGAUGCCGAGUCGGCCGCCGCGCCAGGCCAGCCACGAGUCCAUCGAGGACAGCAUGAACAGUUACGGCUCGGAGGGCAACCUGAACUACAGCGGCAUGUGCCUGGCCUCCGACGCUCAGUUCAGCGACUUCCUGGACGGGAUGGGACCGGCCCAAUUUGUCGGCCGGCAGACGCUGGCCAUGACGUCCAUGGGUGACGUGGAGAUCGGCCUGAUGGAGAGGAACGGAGGUCUGGAGGUGGAGGUGGUCCAGGCCAGAGGACUCACCGUGAGAGCCGGAUCCAAGGGGCCCCCCGCGGCCUACAUCAAAGUCUACCUGCUGGAGAACGGGACCUGCGUGGCCAAAAAGAAAACCAAGUCAGCCAGGAAGUCUCUGGACCCUCUUUACAACCAAGUCCUGGUCUUCUCCGAGAGCCCUCAGGGGAAGGUGCUGCAGCUGAUCGUUUGGGGCAACUACGGGCGCAUGGAGCGCAAGCGCUUCAUGGGCGUGGCCCGCAUCCUCUUGGAGGAGCUGGACCUGAGCAGCGCGGUGAUCGGCUGGUACAAGCUCUUCCCUACCUCGUCCACGGUGGAGCCCACCGGCGCGCCCCUCGUGCGCCACCCGUCGCAGAUGUCCCUGGAGAGCGCCGUGGGGCCCUGCUGCGAGCGCACCUGAGGCCCACGCCUUCGGGGCGGCGCACUUUGGACUCGCUCGAGGUUGGCGUCCUCUCUUUCGGGACCAGUCUGAGGAGGACGUCCCCCCGCCCUCCCUCUUCUCGCCACCCCGUUUGGACCAACUCCACGCUGCAGGUUCAGCAUCCGUCAAACUCGCUCCCACGUCGUCGUCUUCUUCCACAAUAUCGUCGACGUCUUUGUCUCAUUGCGCAACGGUUCUCAAAUAUUUUUGGUCCAGGGGAGGAAUUCUUCCAGCAACCCCCCCAGCCCCACCCCCCCACCCCAUCUCCCUCAAUAUCCUCACACCAGUUAUAUGUAACUACCAUCUUUACCCCUCAAUCCAAAAUAGAAAUUCUAAAGUUGUUUGUUUUCGAGAAGAAAGUCGUUAUGAUACAAUAACAAAUUCAUCUUUUAGGAGGAAAAAGUGAAAAAAAAUGGACGAAACCAACAUUAAAAAUGACAAAAGACGGCACAUAGACAAAGGUAAAAGACUAAUUUAUAAAACUAAAGACAAUGACUAAAUUAAAAUGCACAAAUACAAAAAGCUCUUUCACAAAGGUCAUGAAACACAUUUACAAAACUAACAAAUCUAAUUUCUACCUUUUUUCAAAAUUAAAAAUUUAUAAAAUGAUAUCUAAAUGCUUCGGAAAUUUUAAAAAAUUACAAUUGGACCAUAUCCGUACUAGAAUUAUUUUUAUUACCAUAUAAUGUAAUUUUAAAACCUAUUUUAGAGAGGAAUUUGUGGUUUAACAUGGGAAUUUUUUUUCACUUUUACUCCUCCGAAAAUGGGAAUAUAUCAAUGUGUGUGCGUGUGUAAGUAUGUGUAUCUAUCUAUAUAUAUACAUACAUACAUACAUACAUACAUACAUAAGAAACUUACAAAAGUCAAAAGGAAUGUACAAAUGCAAAAAAAAUUAAUUGCCAAAGAAGAAAAAUAAUAAUUUACAUAAACUAAUCUACUAUACCAAGAAAAAUCCACUUAUUAAGCAAAAAAAUGAAAAACAUUGGGUAAAAAAAAAAAUUCCCAAGAUGAUUUUUAAAAAUAGGAAUAAUUUAAGAAAAGUUACUGACGGAACAAAAAUGUCAAAAAGUAGACUAAAAACAACUUGAUAAAAUUAAAAAGUGGACAAAAGUACACAUACAUUUGACUGUAUACAGUAGCUAGUAAACUUACAGAAGUCAAAAAUGAAUUUACACAAGUAAAAAUGAAAAUUCACCAAAUUAAGACAAAGUCAAAACUCAUUUUAAAAAAGUACCAAAAUAAAUGGCAAAUAAAAGAAAAAUUAAAAUAAAAGAUUGAACUAUAUAAUCAAAUUUCCAAAAGUAAAAACAAAGGGAAGAAAUUAAGAUUUUUUUUAAAUUAAUUUACAAAACCCGAGUGUAUAAAAAAAUAUAUUCGCUAAGGUAUGAAAAUAUAAGCAAACCUACCCCCCAAAAAAUGAAUGUACAAAAUAAAAAAAAAAACACCAACUUGACGAAAGUAAGACAUAUUUGCCAAAGAGAAAAAUAAAAAAAAAAAACAAUAUGACGAUUUACAAUGUAAAAUCCGCAUUUACAAAAGUUAAAAUGUUCAUUUGGAGCUAACGUUAAGUGUACUCGUGACAUCGACGGCGUAAAAUGUGCUCUCGAAUAUUCUGUCCAGUCGUGUGGUUUGUUUUUGUUUGUUUGACUAGAAAGCUUGUCAGAAAGUCUUGUAGCGUAUUUGUACACUUCAUCGACUUAUUUUUUUUUUUUAUUUGGCUAACUGCUACCGUCGCUAACGUGCCAACUUUGACCAGCAAGUGUCUUUCUUCAUUUCAUCGCAACGUAGCGUCACGUAAGGCCGCCCACGCGGCUCGGAACAUUUCGUCAGUUAGUCGUUAGCUUCACGUUAGCGUGAUGAGAGGAUUUCAUUUCGGGCACUUUAAGAUUCUUCACGUGGUGUAAAUAUUUACGAUUGUGCGCCAAAGGUUUUAGCCGGGGGACAUGGGAAUGCUAGCUUGUAGCGUUAGCCGCUAGCAUCUGCAUGCAGUCUAAUGCGCAGUUAGCACGGCGAGGCUAAACUAAAGGACAAAACAUAAUGUAGCAUAUUUGUUAGCGACACUUUAUUUGUCAUCCUCUUUAUGUGAUUCAAACUAGUAAAAGUUUGUAAUCCCUCCAAGGAUGAGGUUUUAAAGAUUUUAUUAUGAUUAAUUUUUGAAUAUUUCCGGACAGAUCUUCAGUUCACUCAAAUAUUGAAAGUAUGUUUUUUAAUGUUAUACCUGAACUAGGGAUGGGUCAAUGUUAUGCCAGGUGUCAGUAUUGGGCCGAUACCAGUCUUAUUUCAAGCUACCUGGUACUUGUGAAGGCUGCCGAUCCCGGCCACUGAUACUUAAGUUUAAAAAAAAAAAAAAAAAAAAAGAAAAAUAUAUGAAGUAAAUCCUCCUCCCCAGUAGUUGGCGCUACACUGCGGCGGUUUGGCACAUCGCUAAAUGAUCAUGUGCAUCAGAGAGUAAGAAAUAUUUCUGUUCACAAAUUACGUGUCAUUGUGUUAAAUAGAAAUAUUAUGUAUUAAGACUACUAGGGGUAUCGAUACUUAUGGGUAUCGUGAAGUACUCGAGGGAAUACUCGUACUGUUAUUAAGUGGUAUUGAACAUCUCUAAUCUGAACGAGUUUGGGCCUCAGGUUUGCCAGUAGCAGCACUGCAGGGAAAUUUAUUAUUUUUAUUAUGAUUAUUAUUAUAUUUGUACUUACACAAA